GCGGGGCAGGGAGGCAGCAUGCUAAGCCGGGUGCGCUCGGCCGUGGCGCACCUGGUGAGCUCCGGGGGCGCCCCGCCUCCGCGCCCCAAGUCCCCAGACCUGUCCAACGCGCCCUCCGCGCAGCCUGCCGUCCCUCCAGAAGCGCCCAGGAGCCCUCCGGCGAGGGCUGGGAGCGGGAGCUCGGCGCCCGCGAAGACAGUAGAGGCUCGAGCGAGCUUCUCCCGACCGACCUUUCUGCAGCUGAGCCCAGGGGGGCUGCGACGCGCUGACGACCACGCUGGCCGGGCUGUGCAAAGCCCCCCGGACACCGGCCGUCGCCUGCCCUGGAGCACGGGCUACGCCGAGGUCAUCAAUGCUGGCAAAAGCCGGCACAAUGAGGACCAGGCUUGCUGUGAAGUGGUGUAUGUGGAAGGUCGGAGGAGUGUUUCAGGGGUACCUAGGGAGCCUAGCCGAGGCCAGGGACUCUGCUUCUACUACUGGGGCCUGUUUGAUGGGCAUGCAGGGGGCGGAGCUGCCGAAAUGGCCUCCAGGCUCCUUCAUCGCCACAUCCGGGAGCAGCUAAAAGACCUGGUAGAGAUACUCCAGGACCCCUCGCCACCUCCCCUCUGCCUCCCGUCUACCCCAGGGGCCGCAGGUUCCUCCGAUCCUUCUCACUUGGUUGGUCCUCAGUCCUGCUGGUCUUCGCAGAAGGAAGUGACCCAUGAGAGCCUGGUAGUGGGGGCGAUUGAGAAUGCCUUCCAGUUUAUGGAUGAGCAGAUGGCCCGGGAGCGGCACGGCCACCAAGUGGAGGGGGGCUGCUGUGCACUGGUUGUAGUCUACUUGCUAGGCAAGGUGUAUGUGGCCAAUGCAGGUGACAGCAGAGCCAUCAUUGUCCGGAAUGGUGAAAUCAUUCCAAUGUCCCGGGAGUUCACCCCGGAGACUGAGCGCCAGCGUCUUCAGCUGCUUGGCUUCCUGAAACCAGAGCUGCUAGGUGGUGAAUUCACCCACCUUGAGUUCCCCCGCAGAAUUCAGCCCAAGGAGCUGGGGCAGAGGAUGCUGUACCGGGACCAGAACAUGACCGGCUGGGCCUACAAAAAGAUCGAGCUGGAGGAUCUCAGGUUUCCUCUGGUCUGUGGGGAGGGCAAAAAGGCUCGAGUGAUGGCCACCAUUGGGGUGACCCGGGGCUUGGGAGACCACAACCUCAAGGUCUGCAGCUCCACUCUGCCCAUCAAGCCCUUCCUCUCCUGCUUCCCUGAGGUACGAGUGUAUGACCUGACACAGUAUGAACACUGCCCGGAUGAUGUGCUAGUCCUGGGAACAGAUGGGCUGUGGGAUGUCACCAGUGACUGUGAGGUAGCUGCCACUGUGGACAGGGUGCUGUCGGCCUAUGAGCCCAAUGACCCCAGCAGGUACACGGCUCUGGCCCAAGCUCUGGUCCUGGGGGCCCGGGGCACCCCCCGGGACCGUGGCUGGCGUCUCCCCAACAACAAGCUGGGUUCCGGGGAUGACAUCUCGGUCUUCGUCAUCCCCCUGGGAGGGCCAGGCAGUUACUCCUGAGGGGCUCAGCCCUGACCCUGCCCCCACCAUCCUAGCCUCUCCAUGCUUACCCUCUGCCAACCCAAAUCAGAAGUUGUCUCCCUGACCUUCUUUAGUGCCAACUUAACUGAAGAAGGGGUGUCAGUUAGAUCCAGAAUUAUAGCUAAUGGCAAAUAAACCACAUGGAUAAAA